UCAGUCUGUCUCAUUUCAUUAAGUAUGCAAAUUUGAGUCUGCUGGAUCGCAUUACACAAAUGAGUGCAAAUAAUAAAAUGCAAAUGAGGACAAAUUUAUUUCGGGUUUUGUUAGAAAUUAUAAAUUUUGAAAGACUAUGAAUUUAAUUGCUUUGACCGACGAAUAGGAAGUGACGAUGGUUAUCCAACAUGUUUCUAAAUAUCUUUAAAAUGAACAUGUCAGGAGAUAGAUUUGAAAUUCAAAUUUUAAAUCACAUGUUGAGCGUGGGGUUUAAUACAAAUUAAUUAAGGAACAAUUAAGUAUUACCAAAAUAGUUAAAAUUAGAUAUAUCUAGCAAUAAAUAACGUAUUCAUGCAUGUCCUUGGUUGUCCUGCAUGAAUGAAUGGCAACAUGGAAAUUCAGGCGUUCUCUAUGAAUUUAUUUCUGAGCGUCCAAUUUUGCAACAAAGUUUCUCAAAGGUCGUUGACAUGGGGACGAAAAGAUCAGAGUUUUCUCUGCCAGCCAGCCAAAAGUUCACUUCAGGCCCAGAGACGCCAGUCCACUCGCAGUCUCCGCUCCGACACUUUCCUCUCCAGCCAGUCCUUCCACCAAUUUCUCUCAGAAACAUUUACAUUUUUCCCGAAACUUCUCACGAUAAAUUCAAAGGUCCCAGAUUAGAAAUGGACAUCGCGUUCCUUGAUAGUUUGCUAGGAUCCCUUGGCAAUGGAGCAGGCUCUGGAGCAGAGCCAGAGUCUAGUGCUAGUCUGUUCGAAAGAUUGGGAGCAGCUGAGGUGGAGGCUAUGCUGGCGGAGGACGAAGGUCUUACUGUUGCCCAGCAAUUGGAAAAAUAUGGUUUGGAAGAUAUGUUAGACCCAAACAUUCAGGCCAUAGUGUCUGAGGUAAUGGCUGAGAUGUUGCCAGCGCCAGCCCCAGAGCCAGCUCCAGUGCCAGUUCCAGUGACGGAGUCAGUUCCAACACCAGCUCCAGAGCCAUUGUCGGUGCCUGAGGUGAAAAAGAAGAGUAGACCACAGAAGAAAAAGAGAGAGGAGGUUCCGGUCAGCGAAGAUGACGAGGUACAAGUGGUGGAUGUAAAACCUGCGAAAAAAAUGGGUCUCCCCAAGAAGGUCGUCAUCCCAGGUGAAUUUGUGAAAAGGCCACGUAAAUUGAGUCAGAAUACCAAGGAAAAUUGCGAGAACGAAGGGGAAGGCCCAUCCUCGUCUGUGAAGGUGUGGAGAGGUCGUGGACCGAAUAGAUCUAAACCUCCACCUCAGGUUAAGUCGAGAAUUCAACUCGCAAUGGAGGAAAUGAUGGGCUUAGAUGCAGAAAACGAGGUGAUCGCACCCGAUGAAGAACUUAUACCAGAAGAACUCGCAGGCUUCGAUCAUGUCGAAGUAUAUCGGGCAGAACAGUCGCGGGAAGCUCUAUGGAAAAAGUGGGCGGGGUCGUAUAGAGACCCUCGGCCGAAGGAUUUUAAACCGUCACUGAAAGAGAAAAGUUUCAGGAAGAAGGCGAAGGUUCAUGAGCAACCCGUGUCUACCAACCCACUUGUAGUAUUUCGGAGAACAGCAGACGGUGGCAUUGUGGAUGUCAGGAGAGUAACGCUCGGGAAUCGGCGUUAAUAGUAUUUAGUAUUACAAAACGAAUCAAUAAUUGUUCAAGUUGUUAAUUUCUCUUAUAUAACAGUAUCUUAUAAUGAGGGUGGUUCCAAGUCCUAAAUUAUCGUUUGAAGCUAUUUGUAAGUCAUUGAAUGAGCUGAAAUGUUAUUUAUUAUGAAUGUACCAGUUAGAAACCAAUCUUGUUUUUGUUUCAUUGUUUCCAGUUCUUUAUAUUUUUCCUCAUUCGUUGAGCUUUUCGAUCGUAAAAUAAAUUGCUACUUUAAUGAAUA